AGGCAGGACCAUGGACGUCCAGGAGCGGGAAGAGCGGAGGUGGCGCAGCUAAGCCCCGCUGAGACCUCCGGUCCGGCCAUGGGCGACCGUGAGCGCAACAAGAAACGGCUGCUGGAGCUGCUGCAAGCUGCGGGCACCGGCAACACGCACUGCGCCGACUGCGGGGCUGCGGAUCCUGAUUGGGCCUCUUACAAGCUGGGGAUUUUCAUCUGUCUUCACUGCUCUGGCGUCCACCGCAACUUCCCAGACGUCAGCAAAGUUAAAUCCGUGCGACUGGACUUCUGGGACGACAGUAUGGUGGAGUUCAUGACCCACAAUGGGAAUCUCAAUGUGAAAGCCAAAUUUGAAGCCAGAGUCCCAGCUUUCUACUAUGUCCCUCAGGCCAGCGACUGCUUGGUCUUAAAGGAGCAAUGGAUUCGAGCUAAGUACGAAAGACAGGAAUUUAUAGCUGACGAGAAAGCUGUCUCAGCCCCAGGUGACAGAGAAGGGUUCCUGUGGAAGCGGGGGCGUGACAAUGCCCAGUUCCUGAGAAGGAGGUUUGUCCUUCUGGCAAGAGAAGGCCUCCUGAAGUACUACACAAAAGAGGAGGGUAAAGCCCCCAAAGCAGUCAUCAACAUCAAGGACUUGAAUGCCACCUUCCAGACAGAGAAGAUAGGACAUCCCCACGGUCUGCAGAUCACCUACAGGAAAGAGGACCACACCCGGAAUCUCUUUGUGUAUCAUGACAGUGGGAAGGAGAUAGUGGAUUGGUUCAACGCUCUCCGUGCGGCCCGCCUGCAAUACCUAAGAUUGGCCUUUCCUGAUCUCCCGGAGUCUGAGCUCGUGCCUCUCAUCACCAGGAACUACCUCAAACAAGGCUUCAUGGAGAAGACCGGUCCAAAGCACAGAGAACCCUUCAAGAAAAGAUGGUUUGCUCUGGAUCCCUUGGAGAGGAGGUUGCUGUAUUAUAAGAAUCCUCUGGAUGCUUUCGAGCAGGGCCAGGUUUUCCUGGGAAGCAAUGAGCAGGGGUAUGAAGUAUGCGAAGACCUGCCCAGGGGCAUCCGAGGGAAUCGCUGGAAGGUUGGACUCACUGUCAUCACUCCAGAGCGGAAGUUCAUCUUCACCUGCCCCAGUGAGAAGGAACAGCGAGAAUGGCUGGAGAGUCUGCAGGAUGUCCUGUCCAGUCCCCUGUCGCCCCUCCACCUCCUCACCACAUCAGCAGAGAGUGGCUGUGGCCUCAGGUGACCCAUCUCGGAAGAGUCGGCUGGCCAACGAGCACCUGAAAUCCCCGAGAAGUGUUCACCUCUGCCCUGGUUGUCCAGAAGGAAGCCCCGAGACCAGCAGCUGUUGCUCCUGUCAGUGAACUCUGUCAAGAUCGAGGGUGUGGUUUAUCUUGUGGCUCCCAGGAUCCUUCCAGCAAACAUUUCCCAGUCUUGGGGAGCUGGUACUGAGAAGAAUGUAGCUCUCCAAGCUUAGAAGACCUGAAGGUUUUCUCAUAUUUGCACCGAGAGCAGGGUGCAAUGAUGCAUGCCUGUGGAGAGGCAGGAGUGCCAUGAGUUUGGUGCCAGCUUGGACCAUACAGGGAGUUCAAGUGCAGCCUGAGCUGCAUAGCAAGACCUUUUUUUUUUAAA